AUCCACUCAAACAAACAUGCCGCCUUCUUGUGCAAAGACUGCGAACUGCGGAAGCAACGCAACUGGGAAGCACGAAGGUCGAAGAGGUCGUAGAGGAGCUGCGACGGAGACACCAGACACGAAUACCAGCCGACCUGCGGCCUCCAGACGCGCCUCCUCCCUCCGUCCACGCGUUCAGGUCCCUGCGUCGGCCGUCUCCCUCCUCCGGCUCUCUGAGUCCGACUCUGCCCUAUGCGGCUCUGCCUCCUCCUUCAGUAACAAUUUUUUUACUGCUUAGCUCACCCCACCCCUCAUUCCUGGAUCCGCCCUUGCUCACGCCUCGUCUACUCACAGCUCUCAGGCCUCAGCAGUGGCUCAGCCCUGCCUCCAGGACCACGACCAAGUCACUGAAGUGCCUCACAAGUAGCACCUUUACUCGGCCCGAGUUAAUUAUCCGAGUUACUCGCCCAGUACUCGGCGAGUUAGUCAACUCGGUGAGUUGGUCAAAUGGGCCAGUUACUCGCUACUACUCUGUGUAUUAAAAAAGCUGCGCACAAAACCUAAAAGUCUCAAACUAUUUUAAGCGGUCAUAUUUUGGGGCUUCGACCAGUGCUGCUACAUCGUUAGGAGCUGCGACUGGCAGUGUCGGUCAUCUUUUGGGGCUUCGACCAGUGCUGCUUCAUUGUUUGGAGCUGCGACUACUAGAAGCUGCCAGUUCUACGAAUCUACAGUGCUGCUGGGAGUCACCUGCGAGUGCUACAGGGUUGCUGCGAGGUGCUACAGUUUCUCCAUUAGUUAAAAUGAGUGACGAAGAGGUAAAAGGUUCUUCUGAUCAAGAUAGGGAAGAAAUAAAUGUUAGUGUGGAGAUUCGUAAAAAGAAAAGGAAGCUAAAACUAAGGGAGGAAGCUAAGAAGGCUGGAAAACGUGGAGUUUGCUACAUGAGCCGGGUGCCUCCACACAUGGAUCCUGUGAAGCUCCGUCAAAUUCUGUCUCAGUUUGGUGAGAUUCAGCGAAUUUAUCUUGUUCCUGAAAAUCCAGCUGCACAAAUGAAUAGUAAACGGGCUGAUGCUUAUCGUGGACAAGGAUUUUCAGAAGGGUGGAUUGAGUUUACAAAAAAGAGCAUAGCUAAAAGGGUCGCUAAGAUGUUAAACGGUCAACAAAUAGGUGGCAGGAAAAGGUCAGCAUUCUACUAUGAUCUUUGGAAUAUCAAGUACUUGAGUAAAUUCAAGUGGGAUGAUCUUACUGAAGAGACUGCGCAUAACAAUGCCGUUCGGGAGCAGAAGUUAACAUUGGAACUGUCAGCUGCGAAGAAGGAACGAGAUUUCUUCCUCACACAAGUUGACAAAGCCCGUGCCUUGAGUGCUAUUGAGGAACGGUUAAAAAAGAAGCAGAAAGUAGUAGAAAAGUCAGUAGAGUCUUCUGGCAUUCCAGAAAAAGCGGAUGGGCCAAGAAAGUUCAUUAGGCAAUUCCACCAGAAGACGGCAGUGGCAGCAGCAGGAGCUGGAGAAAGGCAAACUAGACUGUCUAAGGAUACACUAGUGGCAGUGUUUGGUGGCCCAUCGUGAUUGCAUUUUCCGCUGCAUGAGUGUAAAAUAUGUCUCAGGGAUGAGGUGUCAACGAUACAACAUUUCAUGAUUUCUUAUGAUUUCCUUCAUGAAGUACUGUUUAUUAACAUAUAUUAUGAUUCUUGUUCAUAGAAACUGUUGUUUACUCUCUUUCUUGGAAAAGAAACGCGUUUUAUUUAGUAUUGAAAACUGAAAAGAUGAGCAUUUUAUUUUAUACAUAUACAUAUAUGCCGUGU